AUGCAUGAAGAUCGCUGGUACUUCUCAAAAGAGCAGCUGGAGAAUUCACCCAGCAAACGAUUUGGCGUCAAUGCCGAUAAAGAGCUGUCAUACCGACAGAUUGCCGCCAACCUCAUUCAAGAGAUGGGUCAACGGUUGCACACCACCCAACUGUGUAUAAACACCGCCAUUGUGUAUAUGCAUCGUUUCUAUAUGUACCAUCCAUUUACAUUAUUCCAUCGUGAUGCUAUGGCCACUGCGUGUCUUUUUCUUGCUGCCAAGAAUGAAGAACAACCACGCAAAUUAGAACAUGUUCUCAAAGUUUCAUUAAUGUGUUUACAAAAACAACAGGGGCAUAGUUUUAAUCCUGUUGAUUAUAAAUCAGAACAUUAUUUAGAACAAGUACAGGACUUGUUAAAAAACGAAGAAACGUUAUUGAAAACCUUAGGUUUCGAAACGGCCAUUGAUCACCCUCAUACUCAUAUAGUGAGAUGUUGUCAUUUAGUGAGAGCUAGUAAAGAUCUCGCCCAAACAGCCUAUUUUAUGGCGUCCAAUAGUUUACAUUUAACUACCAUGUGUGUCCAAUAUAAACCGACGAUUGUCGCUUGUUUUUGCAUACAUUUAGCGUGUAAAUGGUCUAAAUGGGAACUAAAAGACAGUAUGGAAAAAAAACCAUGGUUUUGGUAUGUAGAUCAAAGUGUCACUACUGAACUACUAGAACAGUUAACAACUGAAUUUUUAACAAUAUUUGACAAGUGUCCGUCGCGACUAAAGAAGCGAUUAAUGGCCACUAAUACAAUGGACAAAAAUGGAGCAUUAGCCAAUUAUUGUUCAUCUCAACAAAUGCAAUCACCUAUUCCUCAAUUACCUUCAAAUUAUAAACACCAGGGUCAUUCUCGAAUGGUAAAUGCCAGACCUACACCGUCCAAACCUACACCUGUAGUCUUCCAACCUCCCACUAGAACUAAUGGUGUUCCUGUUGAACAUAAAUUUGUAGUACCUGCUAGACCGGUUUCUUCUAAUAAAGAACAACCAACAACAACACCUAUUGUUCCAAGUAAACCGUUAGCUCCAGUUAAACCUAAAGUUGAUAAUUCAACAAAUUUAAAUAAUAAUAUUAAAAAUGAUCCCCUUCCACAAAGACCUAAAUCGAUACCCAAACCUCCAGAACCUGUUAUUAUUAAACAAGAUGUAAUAGUCAAAUCUGAACCUAUACGAAAUCAAUUCUCUGUUGGUCGGGAUAAUCAUUCUGAAGUGAUAACUAGUGUGCUCAAAGAAAUGACCAAAAAAAAUGAUUUAAAUAUUUUAUCUGUGAUCAAAUCUCCUAGAGAAUCUCCACCCAAAGUUAAAAAACCAUCAAUAUUUAGUCCAGUACCUGAAGAUGAACUGGAAGUUGAUAACACGUUAAUUAUUAAAACUGAGCCAGAGACUUUUAUAAUUAAAACUGAACCAGAAAAUUUUGUAAUUAAAUCUGAACCAGAACCUUAUAACAUCAAUACAUCUGAACCGGACAGUUUUAUUAUGAUUAAACCUGAUUCAGAUACAAUUUAUAUUAAACCAGAACCAAUGAGUUUUGAAACAUCACCCACAGAUGUUGUACUUAAAUUUGAUCCUGAAUUAAUGUUAAAUCCUGUUGGUCCAACAGGUACAAUAGAAAUAGAUGGAGAAUCUUGUAAUUCGAAUACACACAAAAAGAAAAAGAAAAAACAUAAAGAAGAAAAACGUGAAAAAAAGAAACACAAAAAAGAUAAAAAACACAAAGAUGGAGAACAUAGGCAUCACAAGCAUAAAGAUAAACAUAAAGAACCCGAACCUAUUAGAAUUACUAUACCAAAAGAAAAAAUUAAGCAAAUACCACCUGUAGUAAUAACAACACCACAUUCUCCACCUAGAGGCAUUAAAUUAAAAAUUGCAAAAGAACGAAUCGGAGGUAGUGGUUCAGGGUCUGGAAGUAGUUUACGUAUUAAAAUCAGUAAAGAUGAUAGAGGAUCGAAAAGAGACCAUAGUCCUGAUGAAACCACUUCAAAAAGAAAUAGAAAAGAACGAAGAGAUUCUGAUUCCGGUUUAGGUCAUAGCCAGAGUUAGUAUUUACUUUUUGUAAACUGGAAUCGAAACAAUAUAUCAUGGAUUUUUUUUUUAAUAAAUCCGAGUGUUGGAAUAAUUAUUUUUCAUUUGUUUUUUAUUUUAUAAACUGGAAUACUGGAGAACAAAAUCAUAAAAAAAAAAAAUUGUACGGAAACUUUUUCUCUUAGAUAAAUGUUUCGAUUGCUGGUCUGUGUCUUUGUGCAAUAUAAUAAUAAUAUAAUGCUCUUCCUGACACUUGAUUUUUGUUUUCGUUGUGUUGUUAACAAUUUAAGUGCCUUUCUUUUGUUUGGUUUUUAUUAUUUUUAUAUACAUAAUAAGUCAAACAUUAUUCACUUUAUAAACGAGUAGACCUCCUAGAUCAUACUCGUACACAUAAAUAUUAUAAAUAGCUAAACAUCUUACACGUCUUGAGCUAUUAACUAUAAUAUUGAUUUUGUGAUAACUGACGAAGUGCGUCAAACUUAUUUGUACCAUUGUAAAUAUUGUAAUGUCGACUGAGUUAACAAUCAUAGAAAAAAUUAUGGUUUUUAGGAAUUUACAUAUUAAAAAUAUUGUAUUUUGCAGAGCUCAUAAUAAUAUACUUUACUUUUUUCCAUACUCUCUUACCUUAUUUUUCAAUAUUCUAGUUAAAACAUUUUUUAAAUUGUAUAUUUUUUAUUUAUACUUGGUUAUGUAAUUAUUUUCAGCGUACAUGAGUAAAAACCAAUGUUGUUAAAAAUAUUAAUUUUUUGUAGUCAAUCUCCAUAGUUUUAGAUUUCCAUCUUAUCCUCAAUUUGAUAUCGUUCAGAUAUGCAAAUAUGUGUUUAUAUUUUGAAGUUUUAACAAAAUAUUAAAAACUUAAUGGUACAUUGAUACUGAUAUGUAUGUAGUAUAAAAACAGUGGCUAAUUGGUAUAGAAUUUUGAAGAUUAGGUACAUUUUAAAAUUUGAAAAUCAUCACUUUUAUCUUUUUAGAGUAAUAUAAUUAUGUUAGUAUAUAUAAAAAUGAAAAAUCGAUCCUUAUUUAUAUUAUGGUGUUUAUUAUACAAUUUUGAUACAUUUACCCUGUGCAUCACCAGUAUGUUAACUAAGAAUAUUUUGAAGAUCUGCAAUUUAUUGGUGUACACAUUGAACCGAUUGACAGACAAGCAAAUAAACACAUUUAGGUACAAAAUUAUGAUACCUUACAAUAUUGUUUAUGAGUUACAUGUUCAUUAAUAUAUCAUUUUUUUUUUUGUUUGUUUGUUUAAUAUUUUACUAUUAGGUAAAGGUCUAGGCAAGAAAGAAGAUGGGAUUGCAGCACCUGUCCGAGCAAGUCUUAAAUUUGAUCAAACUGGUAUUGGUUAUGAUACAGCUAAUGCAGAAUCGUACGGUGAUAAAUGGUGGACUCGUACUUACAAUGAUGCAGCCAAUAGACUAGAUAUUAAAAAUAAAGUAAUGUCAUUAUUAUUUAUACUAUAAAAUAGACAUAUAGAAUAAAUACUUAUUAUUAAGUUUUUAGUAUGUCAUUGGCUUUUUAAUCAAAUAUUAUUAUAUUUUUUAUAGAAUGGAGAAGUUGUAUUUAAAUCAAAAAAGAAAAAAAAGAAACAAAAAUUAAAGGUAGGUAAUACUAUUUUGAUUUCUCAGUGUAGGAUGAGAUAUUAGUUUUUCCUUUUAAGUGUGUUUUAAUUUGCAUACGAAAAACUAGCCAAGAUAAAUAAAAAGUUCUAUAUAGCAAUCUUAUAACAUUAUGUUUGAUAGAACAAAGAAAGCUGUUAAUUUUAAUAUUUAAAUUCAAAAAAUACAAUUAAUGGCUAGUAGAAUAUUUUAGGGUAAAAUUCUAGUACUUAUAAUUAGUUAUGAAGUUUUAAUUGAAAAUAACUACAACAUAACUGAUUGACUUUCUCUAAAACACUAACCUAUCCUAUAAUUCAUCCAAAACAGUGGUUUACAUUUCCCCAAUGUAGAUCUAAUAAAUAGUCAAUUAUUACCUUUGACAUAAAGAAAGUUUUAAGAUAUAUUAUAGAUAUUUUAAUAAAACCAAAAAUGUCAAAUGUUACGGUCAACUUUUCUUUUUGUUUUAUUUUAAAUUGCAGCCUAUUUUAAACCUUGUGUUAAAUAUUAUCCUAUUUAAAAAAUAUUAUUUACAUUUAAAUAAAACUAAACAAAAUUUCAACAGCUAUAAAUAACCUGAAAAUUAUCUUUAAUACUAAUAUAAGUAUUCGGGUCUCUAUGAUUAUUUAACGAAUUGCAAAGAAUAAAUAAAAGAAAAUGUUCACUGUUAUAUUGUGUACAAUUGUCAGUUUUCCAAUGUUUCUUUUUCUGGUUUUUCUUAACUAUUAAGAAAACAAUUAGGUAAAUAAAAAAAGAUCUCAAUACAUAAACUAUAACAAAAUUUUGUACCAUAAGCCAUGUCUGAAAUUGAUUAUAUCUGAGCAAGAUUUCUGUUGGAAAAAUUGUUUGAUAGGAGAAAAAAAAAACAGCAAAACCAAAAUAAAUAGUUUUUAUUUUUAUUUAAAAUUGCAUUAUCAUGUUUAUAGAAAUAUGUAAUGUUUAUUUGAUACUGAAAAUUACUCGCAAUAUAAUUAUCUUAGUAUUUUAAAAGUCUGGUAAACUAUCAAAUAGCUGUUUCAUUUGAAUAUUUUUUCCUGUGAUCGAAUACUUAUAUUCGGAAAAAAUAUCGAAUUUUCGAAAAUUUUUACUUCGUUAUUUUUCGCCAAUAUUAUUAAAAUAUUUUUAUUUAUAAUAAAACGAUUCGCUUAUACGUUACGGUCGAUAGAUAAAUAAUCCUAUGAUAUACUAUAAUACCUACUAUACUAUACUUAUACCCUACAGUUGAUUAUACAAAACAAAAAAUGACAGAUGGUUUGGUGACCUUUUAAUACAAGCCGACACUCACCUAUCUCCAUUUACCAAAAUAGUAAAUAUCUAUAUAAUUAUUUGGACAUUGAUCCAUUAGGGGUUUUGGUUAUUACAUUUAAGUAACAGUUACAAAUCUUCGCUUCGUUUUUUAAAUCCGUGUGACACAUGACAAUAUACGUUUUUUUUUUAAAUUUAUCCAUUUAAUAAAAUGUUUCACAAAAAAAUUGCUCAAGUGUGUGUGAGAAUGUAUUUUAAAAAAUCCUAACGUGCCGAAUCAAGUGCAAUGUAGAUUGUAGACUGUAUAAUACAUUUUUGAAAUAUUCAAAUAAUACGUCAAAUCGAUGGAAUCAUUUGAAGAAGAAAUAUCCGACGAUAUUGGAAAUGGGAAAAUCAAGUAUUUCAAAAUGAAAAGUAUUCGAAUAGUCAAAUAGUUUUUAUUUAUUCGAAUAGUUUGAUAGUGCCCAUCACUAGUAUCGUACAUUAAAUAUAAUUUAUUAUUCAAUAAUUAAUGAAGUAUAUUUAAUCUAUGCUAGUAGGUACCAUGGUCCACGAACUAUGAUACACGAUGGGUUAGCAAAGUGCGGGGUUUUUACUUUUUAUUAUGUCUAUGGUGUAACGCCUUCGCGACACGACGCUCAUUGUGCCAUCUAUUUUUGUCUAUCUUUACCAUAAUUUAUAUGUGUACAUUAUUGUUAUUAUCGUUGUGUACCCUACUGUAAUGUGUAUACUUUUAAGAUCUAGUUCCUCGGAUUUUUUUUUUUUUCAAAAUGCCCAGGCGGCGUAGUGUAAACUAAUGUAUAUCGAAAAGUAUUUUAUUCAAAGCACCAAAAUAAAACGAUAUUUUGACCACUUGGAAUGUGUGUAAUUUUGUUAAUUACAUUACAGCAAGUAUUUUUAUGGGUCACAAUAUAUAGUCCGUAUAAUGUAAUCUAGUAUAAAUGUCCACUUCAAUAUUGCCAGAUAUGUAAUUUAAAACAGUUCUUGGUCAAGUAUGUUUUAUGAAAAAAAAUAAUUUGAAUAAAAUAUAAUAUAGGAGGUACCUAGUAAGUUGAGUAUUAAAGUAUCUAUAUAGUGAACACAGUAUAGUACUUAAACAAAUAACCAAUGAACAUAAUUAUUAGUUUUACAAAUAAUGUACCUAGAUCGGCGUGCCGGUUUGCGUUGUGCUCGUGUUCGCCGAUAACUGCAUCGUUUCCCCUGUCCCGUUUAUUCUAGUCCGUGGUUGGUACUUAAUCAACUUUAUUCGAAAUAGGUAUAAUUUUUUCCUACAGGUGAGUUUACAAUAUUAUUCUACGGUGCCAUUUUAACAGUUAUUUUAUUGAACAGUCAAGUAAGCCGAGGAUUCUAAUUGAGUAUCAAUUUGUUUAUUAAAAAUAUUUCAUAAAUGUAUUUGUAUUGCAAAUUGGCGGUGCCUAUAGAAUACCUUGGUUGCACGAUGUGUAGUACUUGUCACUGGCAUAGUUGCCCUAAUACCCUUCGUGUGAAUGUUGUGAUAAUAAUGCGAGUAAAUAGAACAGAGUUUUAUUUACCAACUACAAAUAGCUAAUCCCUCCACGAUUAUACUCUAAUCACGGCUACAUUAGCAACGUGGUUCUGUCAGGUGAUGCCACGAUUAUAAUUUUCUUCAUAAUCGUAGGUGAUGCUAAUUAAUGCUUCAUUAAUUCAUAACUUUCUGUUCGCGAUCAAAAGCGAAGAGUCCGACCUCUAGCGGUAAUGCUAUAUACUAUCUUAAACGGACGCGCUGUAAUGAUUAUAAUUUAUAGCACAUUAGAUACUAGGUAUAGGAAAUAUCGUAACGAAUUAGAAUAAUUAGAUUCUGGUUAGAAUCUAAUUCGUCACGGGAAAUAUAUUCAGUACUUUUUUUCGAAAACUCAUUGUUUAUGUUGUACUGAUGAUUGGUAGUUUUAACAUAAAAUAUUUUAAUAUGGCCUACACGUAUUUCGGGCUUAAUAAAACUAACAGUGUGAUAUAAACAUAAAUUCUGUUUGCGUUCCACAGUGUAAUGUGAGGUAAACAUUUAAUUUGAAAAACAAAUGUUCCAUUAAAAAUUAUAAAUCAUUAUACGUGCAUCGAGAAAGAAUCAUGCUUUAGUUUGGUUUUGUAUUUCAUAGUUGUUCAGAAAGAGAAGUAUCUUUUCCCAAAUUCCUAAUUAUAUUAAACGGACUAUAAAAAAGAAAUGGGAAAUUGUGUUGAGAACGGCAAUGAAAAUUUCAACAACGUCAAUGUAGUGAACAUUUCUUGACUUUCUGGUGACUAAAAAAUGUAAUUAUUCCUAUUGGUUAGAUAAAUAUGAUACUUACGUUGUUUAUAACAUUAUUUUAUUUGUCAUUUUUAAUUAAUUUUUUUAUUAGUGAAUUCCCCUUUAACAAACGUCCUUUUUAAGUUCCCCGCAUAAAUAAUUAUUUCUGGUGACUCAAUGAUUGACUUAAACAUUGUUUUAAUAAAUACAAUUCGUACAAAUUAGGGUUCAUUAAUUCUGUCGAUUGAUUGAUGUAAAAAUCAAAAAUAAAAUUCUUUCCUACACUCUACGCCACGAGAGAGCAUACAGAUCGCAUGAUCAGAUCAGUUAUCCGGCGGAUAUGCGCAUGCGCAUCGUUCGUCGACCGACCGGGCCAUCGUAUCCCCUCCGUGCAUUUAAAUUUCCUCGUCGACGACGGUGGACAUGCGCAGAGCCGACCAAAUUUCGUUUUUGCGCGACAUGGCCCUCCUACAGAGUGUAGGUAUGUUUACUACGUUUAUUUCAUCACAGUACGCCCGUUUCAGUUUAUCACAUUACAGCGCCCUCACAUUUACUUUUGUUCUUGAAUAUAUAUUAUCACUUAUUUAUUCCUAUUCACGUUUCACCGAAUAUAAUUUCAUCUGUGUUACUAUCCAAGGUACCCAUAUAGUUUAUAAUUUAUAAUGCAACUCCGGGACGGAUCCAGAGGGCCAGGGGGGACCAGGCCCCCCAGACAUAUUAUUUAUCCGAUUUUUUUUUUAUAAUUCUAUAGAUCCCGAUAUUACUAUAUUCCAAUCACUGAUGUAUGAAUCACGUAAAAACUGUAUAAUAUACAACAUAAUGUAUUACCUUUAUUAUAUUUGAAUUGUAUUUGUGUUGUUAAAAAUGUUUGCCCCCCCCCUUCCCAAAUCUUUGCUAUGGACCCGUGCCUGAUACAACUAUUAUUAACUAUAUUAACUACCAUUUGAAUGAUGUAUUAUUAAUUGCAAAAUUUUUAUAAAUUUAAAUACUAUUUAUGAUUAUAAUAUUAUACAUGACCAUGUGUUUUUAAAAUAAACAUAAUUGUUCAAAAUAAAAUGGCUACCUUCGAUUUUGUAAAAACAAUGUUGUAGGUGAGUAGUUGGGAAAGUGGGAUACAAGAAGUUAUUUAAUUUAUACCUGUAACCAACGAUAGACCAUUGUUAACGAAAAAAUUGUUCAGAGCGAAGUUCGGUUAUAAAUGUUUUGAAAGGCCGUAAUAUUUACGAUUUUCGUUAAAUUGGAUUUUAAAACUUAUAUAAAAAAAAUAUUGUACUUAAUUUUUUUUUUUACUACUUAGUACGACUCAUAAUGAAUCUCCUCACAAAUGUUUAAUUGCAUUCCUGUUUAGUUAAACCAUUUUAUCAACGAAGUAUACAUACCACUAAAAAUUACGUAACAACUCGCAAAAUUAAAAUUUCUAUAAAUUGCUCAAAAAUGGAUCAAAUAUUUUGAAAAUAUAACCUCCGUUAGGAAAGCAAAUAUUAGUUUUUUAUCAACAUUUUAAGUCUCUACGAAUAUUUUGAACUGAAUUACAUUAAAAAAACAAAAUUAAAAAUAAUUUAAAGAAUUAUUUUCGUAAAUUUUCCUGUUUUUUUUUUACGUAUUUUUCGGUUUUCUGCUCAAUUAUUACACUUCAAGAAAAACAUAAAAAAAUGACUUACUUACCACUUGGUCACUAACCGAAUUAAAAAUGCAACAAAAGAGGUAUCUUGUUGUUUUUUUAUUGGAUUAAUAUUUUUUGUAGAAAAUAUAAGCCAUACAAAUUUUAAAUAAUGAAAUCAUAACGUCGUAAAUUUAUCUGUUUUCAUUGUACAUCUUUUUCCGGUUUUUUCCAAUUGUUAUAAAAAUUAUUCAGGUAUCAAAAAACGAUUUUCCUUUGUAAGUGGUUAUAGAUCCAAAGGAAUAAAAUCGAUUUCUUGUCAAUUUUAAAUCGGAGCAAGAUUACUGGUAGAAAACAUAAGUUGCAAAAAUUAAAAACAAUGAAAACGGCAUCGCCACCGCGCGCCAUAAAUAUUUGCCGUCUUACCUUUAAUUUUCUUUCGGGUUUUUCCCAAUUAUGUUGAUAACCCCUUAGAAAACCAAAAAAAUUACAUCUCCGGUGCACCAACUGAAGAAAUUAAUUUUCAGAAAGGUGUUACACUCAAUACUUCAUGUUUUCUUAUAGAAAUGUUCUUCAGACAUAAAAAAAAAAAAACAUACAUCAUAAGAAUAUUUAUUCCUCACAAUGCCUCUUUGGUUUCCAUGCCGUGUCUAAAGCCAAAUUGAAAUUCAUUAAUCUCUUUUUCCAAUUUUGUCUGUAUUUAUUCUAAAAAUACAAAAAUAUCCCUUGUUGAAAAAUAAUAUGAUGAAUGUAUGUUAAACAAUUCUUUUAAAUGUUUAAAAAUAUUAAAUGGUUAAUAUUCAUCUAUGGACAUAACCAUAAACCUGCUAAUGCUAAUGCGUAUGGUAAAAAAUAAUUAAUUUUUUUGUGUAGAAAGUAAAAACCGAGGAUGUCCAAUCUAGUUUGGAGUUAACAGAUGAACAGUUAUUUCAAGCGUGCGGUGGAAUUACUUGUCACAAGUGAGUUUAAAACAUACUAAACCGAAGUAUGGGUUGGCACAUAAUUUGAGUUUGAUCUAUAUUAUUAUAAUAGUGUUGUUUACUUAUCAUUUUUCACUUUUAAUAUUUGCUUGUAAUUUAUUUUAGAGCGGCGAGACACGGCUUCAAUAUGGGUGGAAAACUGGAAAGAUUGCGUAAACAAGAUGAACAAUUAUUGUUAGGCAGCGAUAAAACUAUUGAAAAAACCAAAGUACGGAAAAUUAAAAAAAAAAAGAAAUAA